AUGGAAAACACGGACCCGAGUAAUCUUAACCAGAAAAUUAUGGCAAGUAGCAACAGCCACAUAUCAAUAUCCGACACUGAGUCAACAACGAGUCAGGUGGACUCUUUCCACUCCCCACUCCGUUCUGAAUCACCCCUCCGCUCCGAUGAUCCAUAUCAUCAAACAGAAAAUGUCAAUGUCACUUUUAGUAGUAAGAAAAACAAAACAUCUGAAGCUAUGGAUAAAUACUAUGCUGUUCCAUCGCCGCGAAAUCCUAAUUUAAAGGCGGAGUCUCCGGUUUCUGGGGGCAAAGAAUGGAAGCCACGGCCCCAUUCUGAGAAAUACACGUCGGAGAAUCUUGAUUUGUCAUCCAUGCCUGUGGUUGCCAGUGGGAAGGGUCAGCGGCCGUAUCUGCUGCAGUCCGAGGAUCUUGAUUUUCAGGCGAAGACUGGGCUGGGGAUGUCUCAGGUGGUUGUUUAUAACAGGUCGGUGAAAGAGGGGUCGUCGCCGGGUGUGACUAAGGUGGGGCCAGUGGGGGGUGAUAUUGGUGAGGUGGAGGAGGGUAAUGGCUCUCGUGCGGAGGAGGUGGGCAGAGAGAGUCAGCCAAGGGCGGUGGGAUCAACAUGGAGGAGGUCGAGAAGGGAGGUGAAUUUGAAAAGGGUGGCUUUGGGGUUUAGAGCAUUUGAAGUGAUAGUGUGUUUGAUCUCGUUUUCAGUUAUGGCAGCUGAUAAAACUAAAGGGUGGAGUGGUGAUUCCUUUGAUCACUACAAAGAGUACAGGUAUUCUUUAACCAUGAAUGUUAUUGGUUUUGUAUAUUCUGGAUUUCAAGCAUGUGAUCUAGCCUAUCAUUUGGUCACGGGAAAAUAUGUAAUCACUCACCAGCUACGAUACCAUUUUGAUUUCUCAAUGGAUCAGAUUCUGGCUUAUUUGCUUAUGUCAGCAUCUUCUUCAGCAGCUACAAGAGUGGACGACUGGACAUCUAACUGGGGUAAAGAUGAGUUCACAUUGAUGGCCAGUGCAUCUAUAGCGAUGUCCUUCCUGGCUUUUAUUGCUUUUGCCAUAAGCUCUCUCAUAUCUGGUUACAACCUUUGUUAUCACGGUUCAACUUGA